CAGCCUUCUUUCAAAUCGUCCAAACAACAAAAAAUAAAUCAACCAAGAUGAGAAAACUAGUCAUUGCAGCUUUGUUAAUAGUCUGCAUUUGCGCCUCUCCAUUUCCACAAAACGAUGUUGACUUUGCAUUUGAGGAAAUCGUUUUCAGAAAUAUCCCAAAUAUCAAGAAACAACUUUUCAAGGAAUUGACAGUUUCUGAUGAAGAAUGGAAAGAUAUUAUUUCCAUCUGUAAGCCUAGCGCACUCGGUGGCUCUAUUCAAGACAACGUAAAUGCUUGCAUUGACAAAAUGUUUACAAUUAUUGAUGGUUGGAUGGCAAAACAUGUCGAUCCAUUGUCACUCCAUGACAUGCAUGCAGGAUUCAACUAUACCCUAAUUGUAACAUAUCAUGGAGAACUGGAUUUGACCAAUGGUAAAUUGCUGGGUUUUUCAACACUCCAUCGUAGUGACGACGCAACAUUCAAAUAUGAUUUAUUGGCCCAAACUGCCAGUGUUGGAGUCGGAAUAGGAUUCCAACAUCUUGGAUUUACAUACGACUACAGUGCCAAAAUCAUGGGAUUGGGGCCCAAAGGAGGAAUUGAGGGCACUGUUACCGAUCUUAACAUGAAUUUGGAAGUUGGAUUUGACUUCAAAAAGAAAGUUUUGACUUUAGAGAAUUUCAGCAUUUCUAAUUCUGGAAAAGUUCAGUUCAAAUUUACUGGGCAUGCAAUCGUUGAUUGGCUACUCAACUUGUUGACAAAAUUGGUCACUUCUCUGAUGAAGAAUGUGAUUUUGGAAGUGAUGGAAGGUGUUGUUGGAGGUGCCAUUGAUGCCAUCGUCGAGGCAAUUAAUAACUACUGGAAAAACCACAAUCAACUCUACGAUUUCUCAGAAUACCACAAAUACAACAAUAUUGUCAAAUACAAUGUGUAAUGAAUCUACAAUAAAGAUGUUAAUAUAUUUGUAA